UAUAAAAACAUUUACUUAGUAAUGGACUUACAUUCUAGCACCAAAUUAUUACUAACUGCGAUAUUUAUUCGAGGAACGUGUUCUGCAGAUAUUCCUGGUUGGCGACCAAACUACUUAGACACUUUUAGAUUUAUUCCUGUACCGGGAGACUGUUACCAGUUAUACCAUCGCAAUGAUUUGAUAUCGUCUUGCAGGAGAGAAGCGAACUUUGAAAAUCAAUCCUGCAUCGAAUGGGUGUCAGGCGAUCACGAAUGUAUCGGGCUUGUAACACCCACAAAUGAGACGGUAAUGUUUCGAUGCACCUCCCAUAUCAGAUUUGAUAAGUGUUUCGAAGUAUACGACACCAACCAAAAUGUAAGCAUCGUAUGCCAGGAAUCAGUUGAAGGUCAUGGGGUGGGUAUCACAACGCCAGAUAAUUUUACCAUCAUAUUCUACGAUUCCUUCUGCAGAACUGCUGCUAAUGCUAUAGAAAGACAAGUCUACGUUGACUUCGUAAACCAUUUUUCGUUAGACGCAGAAGCCAGAAGCUGCUACAAGGUAUAUAACUCAACAGAAGUGGUAACUCCCUAUAACUGUUUAAGUAAAACUAUUCACAACAGUUGUGUGUUUGGUAUGACGGGAGGAUGUACUGCACUAAUGACUCAAAACAAUGAGGUGUUAGUAUUAGACUGUCCUGAUCAAAGUCAGAAGCCUAGCCAGAAGAACUGUUUUUAUUUACACACUCCAGAUAAUCAAAUACACACCGUUUGCCAAAAGAAAGUGGAGGAAAGGUGUAUAGGAGUAGUUACACCAAGUAAUUUGACUGUUUUGUUCGAAUGUUUCUUCUGUUCAGAAUCUAUGGAAUAUGUUUACUACAAUUAUGAAAGGCAAAAGAAGUUCCGAUGGUUUGUUAAAAGUUACCUUGAGAAUGAAUAUAUAGGAAAAAAUUCUGCUUUACUCAAUCUUAAAUAUGAAGUAUUCAAUAAUAAUUUAGAUUCAUCCAGUAGUUUGGACACUUACUCUUACUGGGUACCAAAAACUAGUUGUCUUGGUAUUACCUUAGAAAGCAACGAGACCAUUCUGUUGGAGUGUAUGGUUCUGAAGGAAAAACAAGAACAGCCUGGAUGCUUCCAAUUGAUCACAGCAGAAAAUGAAAAGCAAUCUGUGUGCACAGAAAUAUUGAAUGAGGCUUGUGUUGGACUAACGACUCCUAAAAAUUUGUCUGUAGCUCUAGCCUGCUAUAACACAGAUAGAUCUCCAGAAAUCCGGGAAGAAUCGUCCGUGUCAUUAUUAGAUAGAAUUUGCCUUUAUGGUGAUGAUAAGGAGCUCUUCAGGUAUGGAAACUACUUUUCUAGUGGCAGUGAAUAUCUAGUAAUCGACUGGACAGGGACAUAUUCUCUUUAUCAUACACGUAUACUGAAUAAUUAUAACGAUUGUUUAGGAUUAGAAUUAAUUGGUAAUGAAACUGUAGUGCUGCAAUGUCCAGGAAAACGACCAGAACAACCUGGUUGCUUCGAGGUCUUCAAUUCAAUAUCCGAGUCUCACGACACUGAAAAGGGAGGAAAGAUUUGUAUGGAUGAGGAUGGUCAAAAACUCAUUACUCCUAAUAAUUCGACUAUAGACUUUUUUCGCUGUGAAUGUGCAAUUGUCGUCAGUGCACCUGAUGUUACACCACGAAGACUAUAA